AAAUAACGACGUUUUAGAGAAGAAGUACAACAAAUAAAAUACAAUAUAUUUUAUAUAAAAAUAGUAUUUAAUAACAUCACAAAUGUCUUACGUAAAUAUUGGCGUCGACGUUGAGCAAGAAGAAACUCAAUUUCAUAAUUGUUUAGAGUUACACAAAACCAACGACAGCGAAAGUUACGAAAACGAAAACGAAAACAAUGAUGAAGAAAUAAAAACAGAAAACAAUGGUAAGCCUAGAGUAGCAAUUAUUGGCAACGGAAACUUUGGCAAAGCUUUAGCAACUCUUUUUCAGAACGCUUCUCUGGACUACUGCAUUGGAAGCAGAUCACCAAUAGCUGGUUCUUCAGUUGUUGUAUCUGUUAAACAAGCAAUUAUCAAUAGUGAAAUUAUAUUUUUGUGUUUACCGGUAUAUGCGCACGCAAAGUUUUCUGUAGAGCACUCAAAAGUAUUAGAGAAAAAAGUAGUAGUCGAUGUGAGUAACCUGGAAAGCAGUUCAGAUGAUUGUAAUGCAUUAAAACUUCAAAAACUACUUCCUAAGUCCUACGUUGUUAAAGCCUUAAACACAAUAUCAGCGUACUCAAUGGAAAAUGAUUUUUAUGGGUGCAUUCGAGAUACUUAUAUUUGUGGUAAUAACAAUUUGAUUAAGGAUAAGCUGUGUAGCAUUUUGAGAGAAAUCGGCGUGAAUCCUAUUGAUAAAGGAUCGUUAAAUUCAGCCAUUUUAAUAGAACGGUUAUCUUUACAAUUAUUUCCUAAUUGGUAUUAUGCAUUAUUUAUAACACUCCUAACGUUAAUACCUAUUUUACUUUACGUCUAUUUACGUCUUUUUUGGUUUGAAAAAGGGCAUAACAAAGAUGAAAUGGACGGCAUACCUCUCUAUCAAGCAAACAUAGUUAUUUCGUGGCUAACAUCAACCUUAAUAGCAGUAAUAUAUUUAGCUAACGCAGUAGCAGGAUUUUUCCAAUUAUAUAAACGCACAAAGUACUUCUCUUUUCCACCAUGGUUAGAUAAAUGGAUGAAAUGUCGUAAACAACUUGGAUUAAUAUCGUUGCUACUUGGUGGAGUUCAUGGUUGUAUUUCUUGCUUACUAAUUGGUUCUGGAGAUUUAAAGUAUCUUUUAAAUACCAUAUAUAUUCCAGUUUUUAAACACUCAUUCAUUAAAAUAUACCAAGGUAUGAACUGGGUAGCACAACUUUCUAUGCUUUUUGGAGUGUUUGCUUUUGCUAUUAUGUCGGUAAUGGGAAUAACGUCAAUAUCUUCCGUGUCCGCACAAAUGAGCUGGAGAGAAUGGAGGUUCAUUCAAAGUCAUCUUGGUUUCUUAUGCUUAGUGCUAACCUUUGGCCAUAUUAUAUGCCAAGGUUACAAAUUUUGGAAUCCAAACUACAUUUAUGGUUGGCGUUUAUGGAAAACAAGCGCAAAUGGAGUUUAUCCGUAUCCAAUAUUUGUAAUGGGAAUAUUUCCACUUGUAGUUAUAAUUCUUAAGCUUGUGUUGAUGAUUCCGUUUAUAGCACGUUAUCUUGAAAAAAUUAGGAAUGGAAGAAUUGAUGCAAGAAUUAGAAAAUAAUUUUUAUAACUGCACAUGAUUUUAAAAGCAAAACUCAAAACUAAGAACUAAAAGAUUAAGUUUAAUUUAAAUAUCUAAGUUUUUAACUUAGUAUUUUUAAAGGAUUGAAUAAAUACUCUGCAUAUACAUAUAAGCAGAGAUCCAAAGAAUUCGCAAUUAAACGUUUUUUAAUUUCAAUUAAUAAGUUUUUAAA